GACGAUGAAACUCGAAACGUAGCUCACAUCAUUGGAGAAGAUGGAUGCUUUACAAAACUGGAUCUCGGAGAAGCUACACACACAUGUUGUGAUUGGCCACUUAUUUGUUUCUAUGUUCCAAGUUCAAGUACGACAAAAACAAAAAGGGUUAAAAAAAGAAGAAGGGAUGAGUGUGAGUGGGAGGAUCCUUGGGGAAUCGGGACCGUCGUUGGUCUCGUUGAGGCGGAGAGUCAAGAGACGAUGAUACGAAGACUCUCCCAGAGAGCUUCUGGGUUCGCUAACGAUUGGAUUCUCAAAUCGUCGGCGUCGCAAUUUCACGGCGAGUCUCUCGAUUCCUCCGUCUCACCUGUUCUCAUUCCCGGCGUCCAUGUCUUUCAUUGCCAGGAUGCUGUUGGGAUUGUAGCAAAGCUAUCAGAUUGUAUUGCAGCAAAAGGCGGAAACAUUCUUGGCUACGAUGUUUUUGUUCCCGAGAACAACAGUGUCUUUUACUCUCGCAGUGAUGAAGAAAUGAUUGUUUCUUUGAACAGCGAGUUUGUAUUUGAUCCCGUAAAAUGGCCGAGAAACCAAGUGGAUGAAGAUUUUCAAACUAUUGCGCAAACAUACAGUGCCAUGAACUCGGUUGUGCGUGUGCCUUCUAUAGACCCCAAGUAUAAGAUAGCUCUUCUUCUCUCAAAACAGGAUCAUUGUCUGGUCGAAAUGCUGCAUAAGUGGCAAGACGGAAAACUCCCUGUGGAUAUAACCUGUGUGAUAAGUAAUCAUGAAAGAGCUCCAAACACUCAUGUUAUGCGGUUUCUUGAGAGGCAUGGCAUUCCGUAUCAUUAUGUAUCGACAACUAAAGAGAAUAAAAAAGAAGACGAGAUUCUGGAAUUGGUUAAAGAUACUGAUUUCCUAGUUCUUGCUAGAUACAUGCAGAUUCUGUCGGGUAACUUCUUGAGGGGUUACGGAAAGGAUGUAAUCAACAUCCAUCAUGGUCUCUUGCCAUCAUUCAAGGGCGGAUAUCCUGCAAAACAGGCGUUUGAUGCAGGUGUGAAGCUAAUUGGAGCAACGAGUCACUUUGUUACAGAGGAACUUGAUUCAGGGCCUAUCAUUGAACAAAUGGUUGAGAGUGUUUCCCACCGGGAUAACCUGAGGAGCUUUGUCCAGAAAUCUGAGGACCUUGAGAAAAAAUGCCUCACGAAAGCUAUAAAAUCAUACUGCGAACUACGGGUAUUACCUUACGGAACAAACAAGACUGUUGUAUUC